AUGGUAUAAAUAAUACAAUAUUUGCAUAGUAUUGCAUAUAUAUAUUAUUAUAUUUUUAAUUUAUUUAAAUAUUUAUUUUAUAAUUUAAGUGGUUAAACAGGAGCAGGGAAAACUUAUACAAUCUUAGGAAAUCUUGAAGAUAAUUCAUCGUUUUUAAAUAAUGAUAAAAUAAUGCAAUUGCUUAAAGGAAAUGAAAGAGGAAUUUUACCAAGGGCUUUAUGUUUAAUUUUGCAAGAAUAUUAAAAAAAAGCGAAGAAGUAUAAACUUUUUAUUAGCUUUUAUGAAGUUUAUAAUGAAAAAAUAUAUGAUUUAUUUAAUGGGAGUAAUUAAAAAGAUGGAUUAGAAAUAAGAGAAUUUAAGAAUGGUGAAGUUUAAAUACCGGAUCUUAUAUAAAUAUAAAUAAAUGAUAUUAAUUAAGCUUUAGAUAUGUUAAUAAUAGGAUUGAAAAAUAGAGCUACAGGAUAAACCAUGGCUAACUCUAAAUCUUCUAGAUCACAUUCAAUAUUUUAAAUAUAAUUAUAACAUAUAAAUGGAGAUAAAAUAUCUGAUACAUAUUUAAAAAUUGUAGAUUUGGCAGGAAGCGAGAAAUUCAAGAUCCCACAUGAUAUAUCUAAUAGUGAAAAAGAAUUAAGAAUCCAAGAGUUAACAUGCAUAAAUGGUUCGUUAAGUUCAUUAGGUCAUUGUAUUACUGCAUUAACUGAUAAAAAAAGAACUCAUAUACCUUUUAGAAAUUCCAAAUUAACAAGAGUAUUAAGUGAUUCUUUGUCGGGAAAAGGUAAGAUUGCUUUCAUAGUAUGCAUUUCACCAUCAAUGAGUUCAUCACAAGAAACUUUUUCUACGUUAUAAUUUGCAAAUAGAGCUAAAAGAGCAAUUUUAGAUUCAAGAAAUUUAAAAAAUGAUAAAUUUGAAAAUCUAAAAGAGGAAUAAAUUAGUUUAAAAGAACAUUUGGAGUUAAAAAUUGAAUACAAUAAAGAAAUAUAAUUGAGAGAAAAAUUAUAGCAAAUUUUGAAAGACCUUAAAGAUAAUAAUGAUUAUGAU